AAAUCUUCUUUCUGUUCAUAUCAAAGUUAGCUCUUGAGCUUGUUUGUUGUGGUUUGUUGUCAUGGAGACAGCCUAGCCCUGACACCUACCCAACCCGUGCUCUAUGCCUAUAACAUUAUAGCAGCAGGUGGACUGAAACUGACGCCCUGACUCAUGUUGUUGUGGUAAAAUCGGGCCUCUGUGGUGUUUAGUUGAUUUUCACCUGAUUGUGGCGAAAAUCCACCUGGUCACAAAUGACCUGCACAUUAAUGCAAAGCACCCAGAUCGGUUUGGGUUACACUGAUUAACGCCUCUGUUCUAUUAUUGUGGCGCUCUUGUGGGGUCUGAGUUUUAUAAAAGCAGUGAAAGAGCAGAAAACCCAGCAGCCGUAGAAGUUUCCACGAGGAUUCCUCCUCUGAACUUUUCUAAUCAUUCAGUCGAACUGAGAUUUUCUCCCUUCUGGAGCUGUUUGAAGGUUUUAUUUUCUAUCUGAUCCCUUUAAGUGCCGGGGGAUGAAUGUUAUUUUGGCUUUGUGAUGGCAAUGUCCUCUCCCACGACUCGGGUGUCAGUCAAGCCAGCAGUUUCCACUGGCUGGGACUCUGGCCCCCUCAUCAUAGGCUGCAGGGUUUUGAACUUUAGGGCAAUCAGGUUCAUUUACACUCACUUUUUUAUAUCUGUCUCAUUUGUCGCAGCAUGGAAGACAAACCUCACUGUGCUCCUGCUUUAAAUGUCUCAUUCAUCUAGACUCCUAAAGCUGGGAGACAACCUAGACACGGUCUGGGUACUGGAGGUUCCCCGUAGGACAAGAAUAACCCCAGGACGUCCUGAAUCUGGGACGCGCAGGGCGAGGAGCUCCAGUCCUGGGCUGAGACUGAAGCUGGAAGCAACUUCAACAACUCCAAGGACCUGAAAGAGAGGUGUUUGCAAGAAUUAAAAUUGAGAUUUACUCGCUUUGGAAACGGUUGCAAUGGAAAUACGUCUGAGAGGGACAGCAGCAGGAGCGGCAAGAGCAAGUGUCAUCCGCUGUUCCAGCAUGGGGAGGGCUGUGGAGUUUAAAACGGUGUGAAUAUGAUAGCCUUCUGGAGCCUUAUGCAAGUGGAGAUCUGUGUGCGCUAUUGAAAGUUGUCAGUUCGGAGGCUCUAAUCUGACAAGAGUCUGGUGUAAACAAACAAUAGACAAAGACACUUUGGAAAUCGACUAAAUCCAAACAGCCGGAGAAGGAGGUGAAAAGGGGGACUUUGGUUUCAUUUGGCAACGCGUAUGAGAGAAAGAUUCAGAAGGACACACAGGCAAAAGGGCAAGGGGAAGGUGAGGAGGUGAGCGACGGGCUUACCCUUUAGAGGGGUAAACACAAAACAUGACCGUGGUGUCUCAGGACUGUAACGAAGAAGCCGUGGUGGUCACUCCUUUGUUGCAAGAUGCUGCCGUCCUGGAACCAGCGGAGAGGGAGUGCAGCGAGCGGGUGGUCAUCAACAUCUCAGGCCUGCGCUUCGAAACGCAGCUGAAGACCCUGUCCCGCUUCCCCACCACGCUCCUGGGAGAUCCGCGCAAGAGGACACGCUUCUUUGACCCUCUGAGGAAUGAAUACUUCUUCGACAGGAACAGGCCGAGCUUUGACGCGAUCCUCUACUAUUACCAGUCUGGAGGGAGGCUCAGGAGACCUGUGAGCGUGCCUGUGGACAUUUUCCUGGAGGAAAUAAAGUUUUAUGAACUUGAGGAUGAAGUGAUAGGGACAUACAAGGAGGACGAGGGUUUGGCCCGUGAGGAGGAGCGCCCGCUGCCUUCUAAAGAGUUCCCACGCCAGCUGUGGCUCCUGUUUGAGUACCCGGAGAGCUCAGGACCCGCGCGGACCAUCGCCAUCGUGUCAGUUAUGGUCAUUUUGAUAUCUAUUGUUAUUUUUUGCUUGGAGACUUUACCCGAGUUUCGAGAAGUCCCCCCGGAGAUCGAGUAUCACGCGAAUGGAAGCAUUCUGAGCAAGGGCCCCAGUCCCUUCACCGACCCGUUUUUCAUGGUGGAGACUCUCUGUAUCGUGUGGUUCUCGUUUGAAUUCACCAUGAGGUUUCUAUCUUGUCCCAGUAAAGCAGCUUUCUUUAAAAACAUCAUGAACCUGAUUGAUGUUGUGGCCAUAGCUCCCUAUUUUAUUACCCUGGGCCUGGAUCUGGCUGAGCACCAGGGCAGCAGUCAGCAGGCUGCUUCUCUGGCCAUCCUGAGGGUCAUUCGUCUGGUCCGUGUCUUCAGGAUCUUUAAACUCUCCAGACACUCCAAAGGUCUGCAGAUCCUCGGCCAGACUCUCCACGCCAGCCUCAGGGAGUUGGGGCUGCUGAUAUUUUUCCUUCUCAUUGGAGUCGUAUUGUUCUCCAGCUCAGUUUAUUUUGCUGAAGUCGAAGAUCCGGAAUCUGCUUUUUCCAGCAUCCCUGAUGCCUUCUGGUGGGCUGUGGUGACAAUGACCACCGUGGGCUACGGGGACAUGUAUCCCUCCACCAUUGGAGGAAAAUUUGUGGGUUCUCUGUGUGCUAUCGCCGGAGUGCUGACCAUAGCUUUGCCGGUACCUGUGAUUGUCUCAAAUUUCAACUAUUUCUACCACAGAGAGAACGAUGAGGAGGAAAAUUUGCAGUACAUCCAUGUGACAUGCGGGCAGCCAGAGCAGCUGCCCUCUUUGGGUGAGAGUGACUCCAUCAAAAGUAACCAGUCUCUCUCCAAAACUGAGUCCUAUCAGGGGAGCGGCGACCUGGAGAUUCUAACUCACCCAAAGGUGACUCAACCAGAAUCCUACACAGGAAAACUGACCGAAGUGUGAAGAGGAGGGGUUUGUUCUUGGAGUCACAGCAGCUGGGAUCACCUCCUCCUCCAGAAACCCUGGGUCAUUUUCUCACUGCUCACCUCUGCAGCAUCAGAGCUGAACCCCAAAAGACCCAAAGAGGGACAUAAAGACACCCCACCUCCUUACCCCCUCACUCCAUUUCUCCGUCAAUGAUGUGUGUAAAAGAUGCCUGGUGUAUAUAUUACAGUUUUGUAAAUCUGAAUGCUCCUGUCAUGGUGUUAAUGAAAACUUGUCAUUUGUCUUUUUAAUUGUCAGGAACAUGCCUGGCAGCAUCUUAAUGCAUGACCUGCUGUCAUUUUAAAUGUAAUAAAGUGUCUAUUUUUAUAAUUUACA